AUGGGGAAAGUCACGCCAAGUUCUACUUCUUGUUGCAGACAAGGACUCCCCAAACACGCCCUGCGGCAUCACCCGCUGCCCGAGCCCCGAGCUGAGCUGUGCCCAGCUGCACCCAGGCUGGGAAAACAUGGAGAGUGCUCCAGGGAGCCUGAAACCUGGAAGGAAUCUGGUAGCCCUCCUGUCACCCCAGCUGAUGGUGGGAGUUCCUGGUGUGCUCAAGGGAGCUGUGCUGACACCCUCACUGAAGGCAGCUCUGUCUUCUCCUGGGGCUACGAUGAGUUUGAUAAAGCUGCCACACAACAAGUUGAGCAGAUGUUCAGAGACAUUGAUGAGUUUCUCUACGAGCAGAAGGACAGUGUGCAUGCUGAGGGACUCAGGGAGGAAUGCCAGCAGUGGGCAUCCCACUUCCCUCACCUCAGGGUUGUGGGGAGGCAGAUUGUGAUCCCCACGGAUGAAGGGUAUGGCUGGUAUUCAGGUUCACCUUCUGGUAGUUCGGUGUCCACAGACGUAAGUUCACCACGAGAAAAAGAUUCCAAUGAAAUUAGUGUUUUUGGCAAGAAGGUGCCUCUUUCAGUUACCCCCCUUCACAAAAGGGCAACCCGCUCCACGUCCCCAACCUUGUGCUCUCCAGAGAGUGAGGAAGGUGAAGAUGGAGUGAUUGUCUCUGAAGGCAUCGUGGAGGAAUAUUUUGCAUUUGACCACAGAGAUGUGGAGGAGGAGUUGCAUGAGAGGAAAAUGGGGCUCUCCUCUGGUAGACGGAAAUUGGGUUUUCCUCCUGUCUCUCCAUAUUCCUGCAUGAAGGAUUCUGUGCUCACAUUUGUGUUUGAUGAUGUGUGGAGUGAAGUCUUAGGCUGCAUGGAAGAAUUAAUCUGCAGACACUGGGAAGGGUCAGGCUCUGAUGAUGAGAAAAACAUUGUAACAGUAGAAACGAUCAGAGCAGAUGCUGGAAGCCCUCUGCAGUUUGAUCCUCUGCCAGCCUUGUUGCCUCUUGUGCCACACACGAAAAUGCCCCCAGUGACAGCAGAUGUGGUGAAUGUCUCCCAAGGGUCAAGUAGUGGCUCUCAACACAAUCUAAAUGGCUUGAUGGUGAUUCAUGGGAUCCAGUUACAGCAAAGGAAUCUGCCUGUAGUGGAGAAAACACUGGAGCUGGAUGACAGACGGCCAGGCUCCAGUUCCACCCUCUCCACCAGGGCGUGGCCAAAUCGUCCCCUGGAGCUCAGCACAUCAUCCCUGUCACGACCCACCAGGAGGUGGAACCCACCACCACGGACCCUGCACCCCAUCCACACCAGCCCCUCUCGCACGGGGACCCCGGGGUCUGUGGACGAGCUCUUCAGAGGAACCCGACUUCUGACUGCACAGGAGCAGCUCACCUCACCCUCACCACUGCUGCUGAACAGAAAUACCCUCCUGCCACCCAUCCCCACCAGCUCUGGGGCAGAGCAUGGGAGCACUGCAGGAUCCCAGAGGCAAACGAAAUCUCGAAGGAGCUCCAGUCAGGCUCACAGUGUGACAACCCAAGAAGAUCCCCACCAGCAGCUGCUCAUCUUGCCUGAUCACCUUUCCAGGCCCAACACAACCACUGCCUUCUUGCCAGACCCACAGCACCGCCGUUCUUGCACGGUUAUUGAUUAUAGCAAUCAGUCCUGGACAAGGAGAGGAUCAGCAGGUUCAGGUCUUCAGCUGCACAGUUCUGUGAAAGGCCACAGACGAAGUGGAUCAGUGACAAAAAGCAAACAAGGGUUCUGA